GUUAUAAUAGUGACUGAUCUAGUGUUAUUUUCCUUCUGGCCUGGAGAUUUGUAUACCAGGCAAGCAUGAAAUUUGAUGACAUUUUAAAACACAUCGGUGAGUUUGGAUACUACCAGAAACGUCUCUAUUUGUUGCUAUGUUUACCAGCUAUCAGUACGGGAUGCUAUAUGAUGAUGUUGGUCUUUGUUAUGCAUGCUCCAAAACACAGAUGUCAGAUACCUGGUAUGAACAAUGAUACCUAUAAUGUACAGAACAACCAGCAUGCCAGUAAAAUUAACAAAACAAUUCCGCCCUCCCAUGAUGAGAUACACAAGUAUGAUCGCUGCUAUUACUACCAGUACAGAAAUAACACCAGAGACAGGGUCAAAUGUUCUAAAUGGGUGUAUGAUACCAACACUUUCACUGAAACUUUUGCUUCAAAGAUGAACUUUGUUUGCGAUGACGCAAUCAAAAGAUCACAUGCUCAGAUGAUAUUUUAUGGUGGAGUUCUUGUUGGUGAUGUGUCAUUUGGUAUAUUGUCAGACAAAAUUGGCAGAAAGAAAACGUUUUUGUUAUCAACCAUUAUAACAUUAGCAAUGGCUGUUGGUGUUGCAUUCUCACAGACCUUUUAUGUAUUUGUAAUACUUGAGUUCAUGAUUGGUGCUGCACAUCAUGGUGGAUUUAUGAUCUGUUGUGUCAUGAGUUUGGAAUAUGUUGGACCGUCUAAGAGGGUCCUUACUGGAAUUCCUAUACAUAUCUUCUUUGCGUUUGGUAUAAUGUAUAUAGCAUUAAUGGGAUAUAUUUUGCGUAACUGGUUUUAUGUACAGCUGGCAGUCGGUGCUCCAUUUGCAGUUUUCUUAUUUUAUUGGCGGAUGAUCCCAGAAUCAUCUAGGUGGCUAUUAAGCAUGGGCAAAUAUGAUGAUGCUGAAAAAAUUAUACAAAGAAUAGCAAAAGUAAACAAGAAAAAGAUCCCAUCUAGAAUGAUAGAUGAAAAGACAUUGGAGAAUCCAAAGACGGCUAACGUGUAUCACUUAUUUUCUACAUUGGAAAUGACUAAAAGAACGAUCAUACUUCUAUGGAACUGGAUAGUGAUUGCUAUGGUUUACUACGGAGUAACCAUGCAUACCGGAGGCAAUAUUGGUGGAAAUUUUUAUCUGAACUUUUUCAUACUAGCUAUCGUAGAAGUUCCUGCUAAAUUGCUUGUUAUGGCAACAUUAAACCGUGCUGGAAGAAAAAAGAUCCAUUGUUUCUGUAUGGUUGUUGGAGGUGUAGCUUGUAUAUGUACAAUAUUUACAGUUCUAUAUGGAGGUGAUGAAUUGCAACCAUUAACUCUAACUUUAGCCAUCAUUGGGAAAAUGGGUUCAGCUGCAGCUUUUGGAAUUAUUUAUGUAUAUUCUAUGGAGCUAUAUCCUACUGUGGUCCGAAACAGUGGAAUGGGUUUAAGCUCCUGUAUUGCAAGAAUUGGUGGAAUGGUGGCUCCAUAUGUAGCUCAAUCAGCUGACGUUGUUGGAGGCAAAUUUGGACAAGCUUUACCAUUAGUUAUAUUUGGUGGUUGUUCCGUUUCAGCGGGGCUACUUUGUCUUAUCCUUCCAGAAACCUUGAAUAGGAAAUUACCUGAAACAGUAAGAGAAGCCAACGAUUUUACAAAAAAAUUAGACCUGGACGAUGUCCACAAAGAAAAAUUCACGUUUAAAGAAUACCAGUCAAACACAGAAAAAGAAAAGGCGAAAGUGAAAGAAAUUUACACUGUUUCAAACUGAAAAUUUAAACAAAUACUGUUAGAUCCUAAGGCAUAAAAAAGUAGAAAUGUACAUACAUGCACACGUUUAUAUUAUAUUAAUAAUAUUUUUUUAUAUUUUAAUAAAAUGAAAUAUUUA